CGGCGUCGCUGCGACAUCUCUUGGGCGGGCAGUCGACCGUCGGGCGUCGCGUCGACACCCGAUGGUCGAAUGACCAAUGGCCUCGGGCAUCGCUUGCCUUUGCCUCGCUUGUGCUAAUCACAUAUUAUUUUCUCAUGUGCGUGUAGAUGGGGUUCCUUCUUCGUCGCAGACGUCCACCCCCAAGGUGGUUGGCAGAGCGGCAUUAUUUCGUGGGAUGGAAUGGGUGAUUGACUGGUUCGGCGAGGUUAAGCAGCAAGGGUGCGGUCCCGUGAUAUUCCUCAAGGAUGAUGGUGGACAUUUUUACGUGUGCGGCGGGAUCCACAGUUGCGGCGUGGACAAAUUUGUUGGUGAGGAGGGGUACUACGAUUUCCACGACCACAUGCUUCGACAGUGGAGGAGUCGAACUGCCUGGGAAUUACAAGAAAGUGUUACUGCAUUUGUCCAGAUUUGCUGGCUACGGCAUGAACGCUGUGGCAUUGCCCCCGUUUGAUAGGUCGAAGAAACUGAAGGUUGUCGAGAUGGUGGGACCGAUCAAGUUCCUCAGGAAAACGCCAUGCUAUAGAGUGACGGGCUAUAAGCGUCGGAAAAAGGCUUCAUCGCGUGACAAGGACGAAGAGAAUGCUGAAUGUGACACCCGUGGGGUGCCGUCCUCCAGCCAUUGUCCCGAUGGGGAUGACGGGGAUGACGAAGGUGAGGGGAAGUCGAGUGAAGAGGGCACCGAGGAAGGAAGUACGCAUGUCGACGCCAGGGAGGACGUCGGUGAUGAGCGGGAGAGCGGUGAGGACGAUGGGGACGACAGUGCAAGCGAGGACGAGGGGGGUGAGGACGAAGGGGAGAACGGCGAGGAGGAAGAGAACGCGGGAGAUGCAGAAGAAACAACUGCACACGGACGCAAGAACAAAGGCAGAGACGAGGAAAGCGAAGAGGAUGAAAUCGGUGGGGAAACAAACCGGGACGUCGAACAUUUAGAAAGAGAAUUGGAAAAACCCGAGAAAGAGAGGCAUGAGCAGCCCGCGAAAAAUGCGAGGAAGAAAGUCAGAUUCGAAGGAACGAAAGAGGUUGCUGACUUUGGCGACGAGGGAGUUGGGGUUGACCCGAGAGACCACACUGCGAGAGCCGGAAAGCUGGAGUCGCACGUUUUCGACACAACAACUUGUUUCUUCCUGGAGUAUGACGGUGACGGAAAUGCAGUGCAACGACCUCAAGAGAUCUACGUGGACUGCAUGAAGAUUUUGCCAAACCCUGUGGGAGACCAUGUGCAAUACAAUCACAGACCUCAAGAGAUCUACGUGGACUGCAUGAAGAUUUUGCCAAACCCUGUGGGAGACCCUGUGCAGUACAAUCACAGACCGCUGAAUGGCAUGCUUGUCGUGUUCAGAGACUUAACUGCAAGGGAGAAGGAAAUGGUGUUAGUCAUGAUAUUGGACUGCCAGGUGGUUGUCACAACGGGCCAGACGUUCAACAACAACUUGUUGAACAUGGACAACAUUCGGGUUGAAGUUCGUCGUGAGAGAUACAUGAUACGCCUCUUCAACUAUGUGAUUUUCAAAACGGAAAGUCGCAAGGAGAACGAGUGGAACAAUGAGUUUUUCAUUGGCUACUCGUAUAUAAUGGACAUAUUUGCCCCGACGGGACUCACCAAGGAACAAUGGGAGGAAAAUAAGACGAAGGUGCCAGCUCACAAGGCGAAAGAUGUGUCAAGACGUCUUGGGGGCAUUGACGAACCAAAGGUGGGCAAGGUGGGAGGGUUCAAGUUGACGCGGACACUAUAUGCGGAGUGUCCGUAUUACCUGAAAGUGUUCAUGCAUGAAAUCAUCGGGGCUAUCGACCAUCUACGGGACGAGUUGCGGCGCAUAAGUGCAAAUGCGCGACACGUGAUGUGGGAUACAAACAAUGAUCAUACUACAUUUCUUCCGAUAUGCUUGGCACCGUACGAGGCGCUGCAACCAUCAGAGGAGAUCACACGAGUUGUUAAGAAGCUCAAUUGCCGCCUCGCAGUCCUGGACCUGUGCCCGCGCAAGUCGACAGCCUCGCACGAGUGGUCAGAUGAGAGAUUCGUCGUGCUACCAGAGAUGAUGAAGACCUUCUGUGACACGGAUUGCGUCAUUGUCAUAUUCUCGAUGUUAAGAGUCGAGCAAACCGUAUUGAAGAACGUGCUUCGUUGGGAUCACGUCAAAAUGAUUCCAGGUCGCUGGGAGAGAUAUUUCGAAAAGGACCAAUAUGUCGUUUCCGCUGGAAAUCUUCCACUGCGACCUCAGGACUGCAUGACCAUUGUCAUGCAUGCAUCCGACAAUGACUACAAGAAGGUGACUGUGCAGCCACGAAACCAUGUCACGUGGUUCGACGAUAACGUGAAGUGAGAUUUAUUUGUGCAAUGUACGAACGAGCAUGUUGGGAUAUUAUGCGACACAAAAGUCGUGUACGGACACUGGGAGAG